GUUCUUGGCCUCUAGGUGGGAACUCGGCCGAGUAGGGGGCGAAGGCCGAGAGGUGAAUCCGCCUCUCCGGAAUGCGGUGGGCAUUUGCCGGGGAGGGACGGGUGAAAUCCCCAGUGAUGUGGUUGUGGAAGGGGACUAGUGCGCUGGAAACGGCGUGCUAAACCCAGCAGCUCUUAAAGCUCUUGGUCAAGGGGCGGGACUGGUGAGCGAGCUGCAAUUUGCCCCCCCCCAUGCCAGAGAGGCCGGUCCGGGGUAAGAGACGGGCCUCCAAUUUAUCACUCUUCAAUUCAAUCAAUGAUGGCAGAAAACGUGGAGAGUGAUACGGCGCUACCGGAGCAAGACGCUCCAUUCGAUGCAAGAUCAAACGUCUCCGUCAUGGAGCGACACGCGCAUUUUCUUCGGCUUCUAGACCGAAGCGUUAAACAUGGAAAGAUCACCGCAGAUCAAAUUCGGGUGAUCAAAGAAGAAGUUGCCAACUGGGCUUUGGCGCAUGCCAAGCUCGAGGGGCAAUAUGAAGAGAUAAAGGCGGAAAAUGACCGCCUUAGAAAAGAGGCGGCAAAGCCCCAGAAGUCCUAUGCUGCAGUUGCGGCAGCACCAAUCACAAUAAAACGCACGGUGCAAGAUACAAUAAAGCAGAACGUACAGAAGGCUGUCCCAACAGUCUUCAUAAAGCCUAAGAAAGGGGACGAUGUCAAGACGGCAAAAGCCAAGUUUGAAAAGAGUAUAAACCCUAGAGUAGAUAAGAUCAAAAUAAAUCAGAUCAGGACUACAAAAAACGUAUUGAUAGUCGAACUGGCCUCUACUGAGGACAGUGACAAACUAAUGAACAAUACUAAAAUUCAGGAGUCAUUUACAUGCGAAAAGCCCAGAAAGCGAAGGCCACUUAUGAUGAUGUACGACGUACCAUCAUAUAUGACCCAGGACGACGUGGCUGACUGUGUUUACGCACAGAAUUUUGAGGACAAAAUGACUCGCGAAGAAUUCACAGAACAAUUCAAGGUCCGCUUCAAGGCAGGUCCUCGUGACCGAAACACUGUGCACCAUGCCAUUGAAGUGUCACCGGAAUUGCGUAAACAGAUCAUUACAACCAAUAGAUUAUACGUAGGCUAUAAUGCAAUAUCCGUCAAGGACUAUACAGCCCUUGCCAAAUGUACCAAAUGUCACGAUUACGGACAUGUUGCAAAAUACUGUAGCUUCCUAAACCCAGUAUGUGGGAAUUGUGGAAGCGAAAAGCAUGACAAAACAAAGUGCGACAGAGAAACGCCCACCUGCAUCCCUUGUAAAUACCGGAAACGCACCUGCAACACUCCUGGUAAGGAGUGUGCAACCUAUAAAAUAAUGAUACAGCGGCUCAUACAGAGGACAGACUAUGGCAACGCGCUAUAGAGUCACUC